UCUCAUGAGACCUUUCAUGAGCUCUUAGAGACAGCAACAGGAGCCUCUCAUGAUAAAGAUCAAAAUCAAAUUCUUUGGAAGAAAUUCAUGGAUUUUUUGAAAGCACAAUUAGCAAAAGCUAGAAAAGAAAAUUCUAUAGCAGCAGCACUAGCUUUCCAAAGUCUGCAUGAAAGAAUAAUAAGUUCUAAAGUCAAACUCAGAUAUUUGAAAAGAAAUUUUGUCAGAAGGAAUCUGCUCACAGAAAAAGCAUUUUUAAAAUCUGAAAAGGCUUCUAUUCGGCUUUUAAGUCCUCUUUCUGCCAGAGCUAAGGAUCUGUUACCUAAUGUGAUUCGAAAGCAUGAAGAGGCUAAAGUAUGUAAUGCAAAUACAGGCUGUCUCAUAUGUGCAGUUUAUCAAAAUCGCAUCAGCAAGGAGACUCUGAACUCCAUGUUCGAGUCAGUUCUCUUAAUGUUCCAAGAAUGCUUUAAAGUAAAAAGGGAAGAGGUUGAAAAGCUAAAACAAGAAAACAUGAUGAUUGCAGGAUAUUUGUGCAUCCGACAUUAUAAAGUAUUUACACAUAUUCAAAAUAUAGCAAAAAUCUUGCUGAAUAUCCAAGAAUUUGAAGACAGAGAAGUUCAUAUAGUGGCUAGU